AAAAGAAACAUCCCCCCCCAAACUCCUCAGUCCGAACCCUCUCCCCCUCAUCCAUUCUCCUCCAUUUCUCCCCAAUCUCAACGACGAUUCAGAAUUAGGGCAAACUCAGUCCACAUACAAAGACUUCAAAACCCUAGGAAUCGAAGUUAUCGCUAAUGGCGUCAACUAAGGAGAGACUGGAGCUCGCUAAGCUCUGCAGCUCUCGGAGCUGGGCGAAGGCCAUCCGCAUCCUCGAUUCUCUACUCUCUCAGUCCUUUUCGGUUCAAGAUCUUUGUAAUCGAGCAUUCUGCUAUAGCCAGUUGGAGUUGUACAAGCAUGUGAUAAAGGAUUGUGAUAGGGCUCUUCAGCUUGAUUCGAUGAUUCUUCAAGCUUAUAUUAUUAAAGGCAAUGCUCUCUCAGCCUUGGGUAGGAAGGAUGAUGCGCUUCUUGUAUGGGAGCAAGGACAUGCAAAUGCAGUUUGUGAAUCAACUGAUCUGAAACAGCUGCUGGAACUGGAGGAGCUAUUGGCAUCUGCAAGACAAAACAGAGCGACUCUCUGUGAAGACCGCACCAUGGAAUCCUCUAAUUCAAUCAUACCAGUCUCCGGAACAAAAGCUGUUGUCCGUGAGGAUCAUGUGGUGGAUUCUUGUAGCUCUAGUACAUUGACCACUGAUACAGAGUCUGAAAGUCGGAGUAAAGAUGCAGAACCCGAAAUUCAGAGUACAUGCAAUGGAUCCAAGUCACAAAACAAAUCUGAUGAUACAUUCGAAAUAUGUGUCCAACCUAGCAAUUCUACUAAAUGCAGUAUAUCAAAUGGAAUUAGUGAAGCCAGUCAAAAUGUGUUUGUUACCAAGUCAAUAAGCUUGGAUUUUCGAUUAUCACGUGGAGUUGCACAGGUAAAUGAAGGGAAGUAUGAUGAAGCUGUAGCCAUCUUCAACCAGAUAUUGAGAGAAAAUUCUACGUAUCCAGAAGCUUUAAUAGGAAGAGGUACUGCUUAUGCAUUCCAAAGGGAGCUUGAGAAUGCUAUUGUUGACUUUACCAAGGCAAUAGAAGCAAAUCCUUCAGCCGGAGAAGCUUGGAAACGGCGGGGGCAGGCGCGAGCUGCUUUGGGAGAAUCUGUUGAGGCCAUCGAAGAUUUGACCAAGGCGUUGGAAUUUGAGCCGAAGUCAUCAGAUAUUUUACAUGAAAGAGGAAUUGUUUGUUACAAGUUUAAGGAUUAUGAUGCUGCUGUAUCAGACCUUUCAGCAUGUACUAAGAAGGACAAGAAGAACAAAUCUGCUUACACAUAUUUGGGACUGGCCUUAUCAGCUAUUGGGGAGUAUGCUCAAGCUGAAGAGACACACCUCAAGUCAAUACAGCUCGAUCAAAAUUUUCUUGAGGGGUGGGCCCAUCUCAUCCAAUAUUACCUAGAUUUGGCAAAUUCAGAGAAGGCCUUUCAUUGCCUUGAACAAGUUUUACUUGUUGAUGAAAGGUUUGCUAAAGCAUAUUACCUUCGAGGGCUACUUUACCAUGGGUUAGGUCAGCACAGGACAGCGAUAAAGGAUUUAUCUUUGGGAUUGAACAUCGAAAGCUCCGACAUAGAUUCUCUUUACUUACGUGGAUCAUGCUAUCAUGCAAUCGGUGAAUAUGAAGAUGCGGUGAAAGAUUACGAUGGCGUCCUGGAUGUAGAAUUGGAUUCCAUGGAUAAAUUUGUUCUUCAGUGCUUAGCCUUUUACCAGAAGGAAAUGGCUUUAUAUACCGCAUCAAAGGUCAACACUGAAUUUUGCUGGUUUGACAUUGAUGGUGAUGUGGAUCCUCUCUUUAAGGAAUACUGGUGUAAGAAACUCCAUCCAAAGUAUGUAUGUGAGAGAGUUUUUCGGCAACCUCCGCUUCGAGAUUCAUUAAAGAAAGGUCGACUUAGGAAGCUAGAAUUCAUUGCUACGAAAAAUAAAACAAUACUUCUGCAAGCAGCUGAUUCUAUUGGACAGAAAAUACAAUACAACUGUCCAGGCUUCUUGCCAAAUAGGCGUCAGUAUCGUAUGUCUGGCUUAGCUGCAAUUGAGAUAGCUCAAAAGGUGAGUAAGGCAUGGCGGUCUAUGAGAAGCAGCAACAAAAAUAGUAAGAAAGCUAGGAGGAGGGAAAAGCUCACUUUGCUGAGCCAGAAUAGAGGUGGUGCUGGCUGUAGCAGUAGCAGUUCCUCAGAAACAUCAGCCUCAUAUGGCAUAGGUGAAAAUGGACUUACUAUUGGUCGUCUAUCCUGGCAAGAUGUGUACAAUAUAGCUGUCAGAUGGAGACAAAUUUCUGAACCUUGUGAUCCAGUAGUUUGGGUUAACAAACUUAGUGAAAUGUUCAAUUCUGGAUUUGGUUCUCACACACCGCUUCUUCUUGGCCAAGCGAAAGUUGUGCGCUACUUUCCAAAUUAUCAAAGGACACUUGACAUGGCGAAGUCCAUAAUAAUGGAGACAAAGUAUGCGAAUAAUUCAGAGGAUAAGAUUAUUGAACUCUCUGAACCUGAGAAAUUACAAAAGAUAAUAAAUGCAAAGUCAUGUUCUGACCUGUACGAUUGUAUUGGAGAGAACUUUUGGGUAGCUACUACUUGCGAGAGCACUGCAUUUGAGGGAUUGGUUGCAUGUACGAGAAGGCGUCUGGAGGGAACAAGAAUUACUGUUCAGAAAGUGGACAACAGGGGAUUUGACUUUGCAAUUAGAACACCUUGUACACCAUCUAGAUGGAAUGAGUAUGAUGCAGAAAUGACUAUUGCAUGGGAGACAUUGUGCAAUGCUUAUUGCGGUGAAGCAUACGGCUCGAUCAACCUAAGCAAUCUUGAGAAGGUGAAGGAUGCAAUCCUGAGAAUGACAUACUACUGGUACAACUUUAUGCCGCUUGCAAGGGGAACAGCAAUUGUUGGUUAUACUGUUCUUCUCGGGCUAUUUCUUGCAACUAACAUAGAGGUGGCAGGGAACAUUCCCGAAGGAACUCAGGUUGAUUGGGAUGCCAUUUUGUCUCCUGCUCCUGACAAUUUCCUGGACUCUGUAAAAUCUUGGCUCUAUCCUUUGCUAAGAAUCAGCACAUCGUGGAAAGAUUAUCCAGAUGUGGCUUCAACGUUUAACACUACUGGAUCAGUUAUUGCUGCAUUGAGUUCUCAUGAUACCUAAGUAUACAAUCUCCUUGCAGCUGUUACAGUGAAUUCAGAUACAAAUUGGAGCAGUAAGAUGUGCUCCAGGCGUAAUAUAGGCAAGAUAUAGUUACUUUUGACCUAAUUUUACAUACAUAGAAUAGUAGUUCCCAGUCUUAUGGGAAAUGUACCCAAAAAGAUUAGAACAUUAAAUACAAUUUGCUUCCAAAACUAGCUUGUAGCGCAGCUCAAUGUAACGUAUAGUUCAUAUGAAUGACAGCUCUCUCUCUCUCUCUCUCUC